AUGAGUAGUUCAAGAAAAAGUUUACUGCUCAUCUUGUUGAUUGCAGGAUCAAUCGGAGCCGAGGAAUGCAAUUGGCUGACUUUGGAAUUUGAUAGGCCUUUGUGCGAAGAUUUGAUGCCGAGGAUCGCAAGUGUGUGUAACGAGUGGAGGAAGGAGGCUAGAGAGAUUCUAUCGCGUAUAGACGACGAUGAAAUAAGAAAAGAAGUAACAUCGGCUAUGCACGUCUAUAGAAAUGGAUAUUCAAUGAAUCUGGUGUGCGAAUGUUGUGUCAAAAGCUGCACCAACAAUACCAUCAGAGGCUUCUGCCCCUACUGGAUAGGGAAAAAUAACUUUGUUGUAAGAAAUUUAUAG